AUGUUUGCAGGGCAUUUUAUCAUUGCCACCACCCUUAUUUUCUCUGCAGUUCAGCGUCCUGCUGUCACCACAAGUGAAUGUUCUACGUGGGGUAAUUUCCACUUUCAGACAUUUGACCGUGCCAAAUUUGACUUCACUGGAACUUGCCGUUAUGUUUUUGCUUCACACUGCAAAGACAGUCAUCAGGACUUCAGUAUCCAGAUAAUGAGGAGCAUCAAGAAGGGGACUGCCAUCUAUUUCACGGCCACUAUAGAUGGAGUGCUUCUGGAGGUCAAAGAAUCAGGCACCACAGUAGAUGGGAAGACGAUUCUUCUGCCCUUCAGUCUGAAGAGUGUCCUAGUAGAAGACAUUUAUCCUUAUUUCCUAAUUACCUCCAAACUAGGCCUGACUCUCAAGUGGAAUUGGGGUGACAUUCUCCUACUGGAUUUAGAAGAUACUUACAAAGGGAAAACAUGUGGUUUGUGUGGGAACUAUGACGGCAAUGACAAAAAUGAUUUAUUCCUGCAGGGCUAUCCACUAUUCCCAUGGCAGUUUGGAAACCUUCAGAAAGUAGAUGAUCCAACAGAGAAGUGUUCUGAUGUAAUUGGAGACAAAAGAAAGCAGCAAGACAACUCUCAACAGCAAGAUAAAUGCAAAAAUAGAUACAAAUCUAAGUGCAAGGAAGCCCUAUCCCACUUUGGGAAUUGUAAGAGCGUGGUUGCUACCGAUGAUUAUCUAGCCAUUUGUAUUCAAGAUAUGUGCAGCUGUUCUGAGAAAUCUUCUCAUUCUAACCUGGUUGCCAGCUGUGUAUGCAGCACUCUCAGUCAGUACUCCCGGGACUGUGUCCGCAAAGGUGGAGACCCUGGAAAAUGGCGAUCCAAGGAACUCUGUUUCCUGAAAUGUCCAAACAACCUGGAAUAUGCAGAAUGUGGAAACCCCUGUACUGACACCUGCUUCAACCCAGAAAGGAGCAAAAUAUGUAAAGCCCUAUGUACUGAUGGAUGCUUUUGUCCUAAAGGAAGCAUUCUCGAUGACAUCAAGGGCAAAAAAUGCAUCCCAAUUGGCAGCUGCCCCUGCACCUUUCAAGGCAAAGUCUAUGCUGCUGGAGACACCUACGCCACCCCCUGCCAAAACUGUACUUGCAUGAGUGGAAAAUGGUCCUGCACAUCACUGCCUUGUUCUGGAAACUGUAAAAUAGAAGGUGGAUUCCACAUAACAACAUUUGAUAAGAAGCAAUUCGUUUUCCAUGGCAACUGCAACUAUGUCUUAGCUAAGGACACAGGUGGUUCCUUUGUGGUCAUUGGAGAGAUUGUUCAAUGUGGUGUUUCCAAGACUAUGACUUGUCUGAAGAAUGCUUUAAUCACUUUAGGAGCCCUUAGUAUAAGAGUCUGUUCCACUGGAGAUGUCUAUGUCAAUAAUGCCAUUGCGGUAUUGCCUGUAACUAAAGAUGGCAUCACACUCUUCAGACCAUCUACAUUCUAUGUCAGCAUCCUGACUUCUUCAAGGGUACAAAUUCAAGUACAACUGAAACCCAUUAUGCAGAUCUUCAUAACAGUAGACGAAACUUAUCAAAACCAUACUUCUGGCCUUUGUGGAAAUUUCAACAAUGAACAGGCUGAUGAUUUUCAAACCAUCAGUGGGAUUGUAGAAGACUCUGCUUCAGUGUUUGGAAACUCAUGGAAAACUAUGGCCAGCUGUGCUGAUGUUCAAGACAGCUUUGAGGAUCCCUGUCAGAAAAGUGUUGAUAAAGAAAAAUUUGGGCAGCGUUGGUGUGCUCUUCUGCUGGAUGCAAAGGGGGUAUUUGCUGAGUGCCAUUCUGUUAAUGACCCAGCUCCUUAUAUCAAGAGCUGCGUUUACGACACUUGCAAUGCUGAGAAGAGCAAAGAGGCUCUGUGCAGCGUUUUCUCUGGCUAUGCCAGAGAUUGUGCCGCAAGAGGCAUCCACUUGAAAGGAUGGAGAGGCAGCAUCUGUGAUCUCUCCACAGAGUGCCCUAAGAAUAUGGUAUACAACUAUGAAGUGAAGUUCUGCAACAACUCUUGCCGGUCCCUGAGGGAGCCUGAUGUGCUAUGCAGUGUUCAGACCAUCCCUGUGGAUGGCUGCAGCUGCCCUGAGGGAACUUACUUAAUGAAUGAGGAAGAAUGUGUCUUUCCAGAGGACUGUCCAUGUUACCACAAGGGCCUGCUGAUACAACCCAGAAGUUCAUUUCAAAAGGAUGAGCUCGUGUGCAAGUGCAUUCGAGGACAAUUAGAUUGCAUUGAAAACACAGAAACAAAGAAAGAUUGCCCUUAUCCAAUGUCCUACUUUGACUGCAGCUCUGCUGGCCCAAGUGCGACUGGAUCAGAAUGCCAGAAAAGUUGUGAAACACAAGACAUGCAAUGUUAUGCUACAGAAUGUGUCUCUGGAUGCAUGUGUCCUGAUGGGCUGGUGUCCGAUGGUCACGGCAACUGUAUUGAGGAGGAGCAGUGCCCCUGCAUGCAUGGAGGGAAGUUCUACAGUCCUGGCACACAAAUCACAGUAAAUUGCAAUACAUGCAUGUGCUACAAGAGGCAAUGGAACUGUACAAAGAACUACUGCCAAGGAGCCUGCAUGGUGUAUGGAAAUGGCCACUACUUCAGCUUUGAUGGAACAAAAUUUGAUUUUAUGGGAGGCUGUGAUUAUAUCCUAGCCCAGGACUUUUGCCCUGAUAAUCCUGACCCAGGCACUUUUCGAAUUGUAACACAGAACAUGGCAUGUGGUAAAUCCCUGAGCAUUUGUUCCUUGAAAAUUCGCAUCAUUUUGGAGGGUAGUGAAAUCAGACUUCAGGAAGGGAAAAUUGAGGAGAUAACUAGUAUGCCGCCUUCUGAAAGGAACUAUAACAUCCAUCUCAUGGGAAUGUACAUUAUAAUUGAAACUUUCCAUGGAAUGAGCUUCAUGUGGGAUGAGAAGACAACAAUCAUGGUGCAACUCGCACCCUCUUUUCAAGGCAGAGUUUGUGGUCUUUGUGGUGAUUUUGACAGCAGUGGCAACAAUGACUUCACCACGAGAGGGCAGUCUGUGGAGAUGCAAGCACAGGCAUUUGGAAGCAGCUGGAAAGUCGCCACUAGCUGUUCAGACAGAAACAAGGUUGACCUAUGUGCAAGUCAGCCUUCCAAACUCGUACUGGGGCAAAAGCGAUGCAGCAUUCUCAAGAGUGACGUUUUUGAAGCCUGCCACAGUAAGAUCAACCCAACACCCUAUUAUGAAUCCUGCAUAUCUGAUUUUUGUGGUUGUGACAGUCUGGGAGACUGUGAGUGUUUCUGUACUGCUGUAGCAGCAUAUGCAAGGAGUUGUGGCAGAGUUGGCAUCUGUAUUGACUGGCGAAGUCCUAAAAAUUGCCCUGUGUUUUGUGACCACUAUGAUUCACCCAACAAAAGAGAAUGGCAGUAUAAGCCCUGUGGAGAACCUUGUUUAAGGACCUGCAGGAAUCCGGCAGGAAACUGUGGCAAUCUGCUUUAUAGUUUUGAAGGCUGCUACCCAGAAUGCAGUGCUGAGAAGCCAUAUUAUGAUGAGAAAAAAAGAGAAUGUGUCUCAGUGUUUGAGUGUACCUCAUGUGAUCCAAAAGAAAAACUCUGCUUGAACAAAUCAAAUGGGGAAACUACAGUGGCUCUCCCCAUCUCACCAGCAAAAUCAGAAAUGAGAAUCACACCAUGCUUCUGUAAUGUAAAUGGACAGCUCAUAACAAGUGGCAAUAGUCAGUUUGUGACAAUGGACACUUCACGUUGGUGUAUUUAUGCCUUUUGUAAUACAUCAUGCCAGAUUGAAUUCAACUAUGGAGAAUGUAUCUCAUUCUAUACCACUCCUGUCCCAAGCAAGCCUGCCGUGAUCCCCAGCAGACCUUGUAAGGGGAAUAAUCAGAACUGUGAGAAAGAGCCUCCUCCUUACUCUAAAGCUGCUUCUUCAUUUACUCCUGGGAGUGAUUGCACUGACCUCAUUCCUCCUAGAAAGUAUCAAGAAUUAUGGAAAUUUGAAAACUGCCAAAUCGCCACUUGCUUAGGUGGAAAACAUAUUAAGGUAUCUGAUGUGCGCUGCCCACCUCAAAAGUCAAAGAUCUGUGUCAAUGGAUUGCCACUUGUGAAAAACUAUGAUGCGUCAGGCUGUUGUUGGGCUCUGGAGUGUCAAUGUGCUUGCAAUGGAUGGGGAAAUCAACACUAUGUAACAUUUGAUGGAUCCUAUUAUAAUUUCCAUGGGAAUUGCACCUAUCUGCUUAUGAAACCAAUCAUACCUGGCUCUCAGAAUUUCUGGAUCUACUUGGACAAUCACUAUUGCGCUGCCCCAGAGAGAGCUCUAUGCUCUAUGAGCCUUUUCAUAUUUUACAACCACUCUACAGUCAUUUUGACACGAGGAGUUGAAAAUGGAGAAGAAAGCAACCUGGUUCUAUAUAACAAUAAAGAAAUCACACCAAGUUUUUCAAAAGAUGGCAUUGGCAUCACCAACUCUGGACACUAUGUUGUGGUGAAAAUACCUGAAAUGGGCCUUUAUGUCACCUAUACUCGCCUUGCUUUUCAAGUAAACCUGCCUUUCAGCAUUUUUUAUAACAAUACUGAAGGGCUAUGUGGUACAUGCACCAACAAAAAGACAGAUGAUGCAAUGAAAAGGAAUGGCAAGGUUGCAGAUUCUUUCACAGAAAUGGCAAUGGACUGGAAAAUGAUGGACCUCAUCACUAGACAUUGUGAUGCAGGGCAACACUUGGCACCUUUUCAGUCUCAAAUGCCACCAUCCAAAAUGGCCGCCUGUGUAGUUCCUCCCCUAUGUAAACUUAUCUGGAGCUUUACAGAAUGUCACAAUGCUGUUCCGCCACGGCCGUACUAUGAUGCCUGUGUUGUGGAUGGCUGCUCUUCACCAAAGCAGAACAUGGAAUGUGGAAGUCUCCAGGCCUAUGCAGCCUUGUGUGGGUACCAUGGGAUCUGUGUAGACUGGAGAAGCAAAGCCAACAGGAAGUGUGAACUCAGAUGCUCUCGGGAUCAAAUCUAUAAGCCAUGUGGAAGAAUGGAAAGGCUCACUUGCAAUAGUGGAAAAAAUGCUGUUGGUGCAAAUCCAGCAGAAGGUGACAUUCCAGGAAUCCUUGUCGAAGGAUGUUUCUGUCCGGAUGGAAUGAUCCAAUUGAAUCACCAUGACAGUAUCUGUGUUUCUGUCUGUGGCUGCACAGGAGCUGAUGGACUAUUGAGACAGCCAGGAGAGAGGUGGGAAAAAGAUUGUCAGGUCUGCACCUGUAGCAAGGACACACUGGAUAUUUCUUGUUCCCCCCACAUUUGUGCAAGAUCUCCGCCAAUCACUUGCACAAGGGAAGGAUUUGUACCUAUAGUGCGGAUACAGCCAGAAGAUCCCUGCUGCACAGAGAUAGUGUGUGAAUGUAAUGAAAGGUCGUGUCCUCUAACCAAACAGAUAUGCAAUCCAGGCUUCCAAAUUGUAGCAACCGCUUCUGAUGGUGCCUGUUGUCCCAUUCAUGUCUGUAAACCAAAAAAUGUUUGUGUAUCUAAAGGAAUUGAGUAUCAGCCUGGAUCAGUGGUACCUUCAGACUCUUGUGAUGAAUGCUUCUGCACUGUAACACAGGAUCCUAAAACCCAAACCAAUAAAAUUAAGUGCACUCCAAUUAAUUGUUCUACUGAAUGUCAACAGGGGUUCCACUAUAUCCAGAAAGAAGGGAAAUGCUGUGGUGAAUGUGUGCAGACAGCAUGUGUGACAAAGCUUUCACCUGGGGUAGUGGCCAUUGAGGUUGGGAAGACCUACAAGGAUCCACAGGAUAACUGUACUCAGUAUCUAUGCACCAGGGUAUCAGAUCAAUUUAUAUUGAGUACCACAAUAAUAUCCUGCCCAGCAACUAUUCAAACUGCUGCUGAUGGAUGCUGUGAGAUAUGUACCCCCUUGUCACAUAAUUGUACAAUUAAGCUGAAGAGGCAAUUCAUUGUUUAUAAGAAUUGUAAAUCAGCCAGGCCUAUCAACGUUCCUUCCUGUGGAGGAUCCUGCAACACCUACUCUGUAUAUUCCUUUGAUACUCACAAAAUGAAGCAUGGAUGCACAUGUUGCCAUGCCACAAAAUACCAUGAAGUGAGAGUCGAACUGGUUUGCAGCAAAAGGAGGCAUUUGAAAUACACAUAUCUUCAUGUAGAUGAGUGUAGCUGUGUGGAAACUAAAUGCCCAACAUAGAAACAUGAACCAAAAAAUGUUGGUGAAAUGUUUUGCCUUUAUUUGAAUUAUUCAUUAAAAAAAUUCUUCAAGCAGUUGUGUGCAAUUGAGUGUAUGCGUGCGUGCAUGCAUGCAUUCACAUAUCCAUUUUUACUCCUGUAAUAUGAGAUGUUUAGGAUUUUCUUACAAAGUGAUUCAUCCCUGUAAUCAUGUUUCUUAUUCCAAUUGCUACAGGAAAUUGAAUGACAAAGAACAAUGUUGAUAUUUGUCAAAUAAACUAUGUUUCCAAGUUGA